CCGGCGCAGUCGUUCCACGUUGCUGGCAUACUCCGGCCCGAUCUCGCCGCCACGUCCUCGGACACGUGCGCGCGCCCCAGCUCUCCUUCCCAUUCCAAGUCCGUUGUCGGUCAAGUUGCGUGGCUGGUUCUGCCCUCUUCGUAUUCGUCUCCUGGAUUCUGAACUUUCACACAAUGGCACGGACGCUCCCUUCUCUUCUCGGUUUUGCCAGCAUGCUGCUUCUUCUGCUUCCGACAGUCAGCGCGACUGCGUUCACCACGACUAUCAGCGCCAAUGAGCGACUCUGCUUCUAUGCAGACGUGGACAAGCCUAAGGAGAAGAUUGGCUUCUACUUUGCUGUGCAAGCUGGUGGAUCCUUUGACAUCAACUACGAGGUUACGAACCCGGCUGGAAAGGUUCUUCUGAGUGGCAAGGGCGAGCGCCAGGGUGACUACGUGCUAACCGCGAAUACUGUCGGCGAAUACUCCUUCUGCUUCGAGAAUGACAUGAGCACACUCACCGAGAAGCUCAUCGAUUUCGACAUCAUGGUGGAAAGCGAGCCUCGGAAAGAGGCCCCCGCAAAGCCCGGACAAAUCAGCGAGCACAGCAGCCCACUUGAGGAGAGCAUCUUCCGGCUGAACGGCAUGCUAAUGAACAUCAAGCGGACACAGAAGCACUUCCACACCCGCGAACGCAGAGGUUUCUCCAUCGUCGAGUCCACGCAAAACAAGCUCUUCUGGUACGCCGUCUUCGAGAGCUUGGGCAUCGUCGCAAUGGCUAUCUUCCAGGUGUACGUCCUUCAGACGUUCUUCACCAAGACAGGGAGGAAGUACAACGUAUAAUGCCGAUGUACACCUUCCACGUCGGACCCUCAUCAUGCCCAUCACGAAUGUGCAUGUACUUACUCGGAGAGCGUAUUUAUUGGCAUGUUCAAAUCGAGCUGAUUUUCCGCGA